UCGACCAAAAUGGGCUUCCUUUGGAGAUUCUGCAACAGAGACACCCUGCAGUGUUCACACUGCCCGCCUGGCUGGACUGAGCACGCUUCACGCUGCUUCAUCCUGUCCCACGAACCAAAGCAGUGGGAAAAUGCUCGCAUAGAGUGUCUUGACUAUGGGGGUGACCUGGCUAUGGUUUGGAAUAAAGAAGACCAGGCAUUGUUGACCAACAUGACUUUUCAGUAUGUACAGCAGAAUCCUAGUGAAGAUUUUCAUUCAGCAUGGAUUGGAUUGCAAGAUAUGGUCCAGGAGGGCACCUUCUACUGGGUCAAUGGCGACACGAUCAAGUGGAAUGUCAUUUAUUGGAUGGAUCAGGAGCCAAAUAACGCUAUGGACAACUGGGACUUGAAAGGACAGGACUGUGUUGCCAUUGUUCCACCAACACGCAUUGGAGCGGAAGACUGGUUGAACAACUGGGAUGACAGUGUUUGUGAAGACAGACGGCACUACAUUUGUGAGACCACAGCUCUCAUUUUGGGCUGACUGAUGUAACACCCGUUACACUCACAAGUGUGUAUAUAUGUACAUAUUUAUAUGUCCUGU